UUUGGAUCGUUAAUCACUUUGUUUAAUGUUUCGUUGUUGCUCGCAAGUUGCAUGUGCCUUGUUGUGGGCAAAAAAGUUAAUAAAACCAUUAAUUUAAUUGCAAAAGCCGUUAGCAGUAUAAAACGGUUUGUAUGCCAUUUAAGUGCAUCAGUUGGUUGCCUUUUGUCGGUCGUUUUGGAAUCCAGAAAUAUAGAUUUUUCAGUAACUCUCGAGGGAAACGCUUUCGGAAAUAUGAUUAGGAGCCUUUCGUUAGUUUUUGUUGUAUCCUGUCUCCUGGAUACAAGUUGUUUGGUCUACGCUCGUAGUGCUACCAAUUCGCCGCAACAAAAUUUGAAUACAACGCCAAAAGCGACAGACAGUGCAGAAUCAACACCUAAUAAUGAGAGUCCGUCGGUUUGGAGUGACGUUUCCAUGAUGUAUCGGAUAUAUCGACAAUGUGCCAGUGAAAACCUUUCAGUGUGCUUAAAAAUUAAAUUACUAAUGGGCCUUGAAAAGGCUUUUAGAAAUUCGAAAGAGCUCAAAAUUAUUGAUGGAAUCAAGUUUGUUAAUAACAUUGGUGAUGGCGAACAAAGGCCGAAAUUGGUGCCAACGGAAGCUCUUAACGAAAAGCUUAUCGAAGCAAAUUUACCCCGUGGUCUGGAUGGCAAGGAGGAGACGUUGAAUGAGAUGAUUUUUAAUAAACUUGGUAACUUCCUUCAGGAAUACACACUUCAGGUAAAAUUUCCCGAUGUACAAAAUGCUGAAAGGUCCUUCGACGAGAGCCGGAAGAAGAAAGACAAAAAAGGUAGUGGAGCCUACAUCAUGAUACCACUUUUGCUGGGUGGUACAUUUGUGCCAAUUGCUUAUGGUGCUUUAGCCAUGUUGGCCGGCAAGGCCUUGAUUGUUUCGAAAUUGGCUCUAGUUCUGGCGUCAAUAAUUGGUAUUAAGAAACUUUUGAAUAGUGGUGGCUCAAAGGAGUCACAACAUGAAGUUGUUGUAUCGUCGGGUGGUCAUAGCUCUGGAUGGGGUCGGGAUAUUGAUUUGGCUUAUAAUGCUUAUGAUCCGAAGUCAUCGAAGAAGCAGAUUUGAUUAAAAAAAAAAAAUAGUUUCUAAAAGUUAAAUUAAUAUUUAUUUUAUGAUUAGUUUUUUAUAUACAAAAUGUGUAAACGAUACCAAAAAAAUAGGAAAUUAUGUACUCGUAUUAAUAGGUUUGAUGUAAAUAUACAAUGCCAAAGUUUUAAGAAGCCUCAGAGAGAUAUUGAUAAAUAAUAUUGAUUUC